AUGUUCUCAAGACAAGCAACACAGAAUGCACGCUUUGCUGCUCGCUGUGCGCGUCGCCCGGCUGCUCGCGUAGCAAACCCCCAGUACCGUGCCCAACACCCACGCUUCCAGUCAACCCAGACAGUCAGCUCCGGUAACUCGGGGGCCGGUACACAUGCCGCAGUUGGUGCUGCUUCCGGUGCUCUUGCCGCCAUCACAGUCGGCUACAUCUUCUACAGACAAUCGGGUGCUAGGGACGUUGUCGCGGCCUCCAAGACUGCACAAGGCUACGUUAAGUCGGCUUCACAAAAGAUCAAGGAGCAGACCCCCGAGCCAAACGAGGCGCUACAAUGGCUUCGCCAAGCCGCUCAGAGUUAUGCUGCGUUCAUCCCCGGUGCCAAGAGCUACGUUGACUCUGCCUUUGAUGACCUCGAUGCCAUACGGGCGAAGCACGGCGACGAAGUCGACAGCAUUGUACGCGAAGCAUACGAUGAGAUGCGACAAGUUCUGGGCAAGGGCGACAUGAGCCUUGUCACUGCACACCAAACCUGGGACGUCAUUACCAAGCACAUGAGCCGUAUUGCAGACCUCGCCGGUGACGCUUCACAGCAAAUCAUGGAUAACCACCCACAACUGAAGGAGAAGUUGGGCGGCAACAUCGACAAGCUCAAGGAGUAUGGCGACAAGUAUGGCCCUGAAGCAAAGAAGGAAGUCGACAGGACCUGGAAGCAGAUCAGUGACGUUGUCAAGACUGGUAUGAGUGCCGGCAACAUUGAGAAGAUCAGGAGCAUAGUGCAGGAGAAGAUUGAAAAGCUGAACAAGAUGGGUGACGAGGCGUGGAAGAAGGGCAUGGAGCAGGCAAAGCCCUAUCUUGACAAGAACCCACAAGUCAAGAAGCUCGUGGAAGAGAAUGCCGAUGCGCUGAAAGGAGGCAACGUCCAAGAGCUGUACCAGCGCGUCAAGUCAGCCGUUGAGAAGGGCGACACCGGUGACCUCCAGUCAUACAUCAAGAGCGUCGCGGAUAAGGCCAAGGAUGGCGGUUUUGGUGACUACGAGCAGUACCUCAAGAAGAUUCCCGGUGGUGACCAGAUACUACCCAAGCUGAGCCAGCUUCAAGAAGUGGCCCAGAAGCACGGCGACGAGGCACAGAAGCUUCUCAAGGAAGCUGUUUCAGAGAUCUCGGACAUUCUGCAAAAGAAGGGCGACGAGGCGUCCAAGCUUGCUGAGAAGGCCAAGGAGGACUCGAAGAAAUAG